UUAGGCUUCGAUGACGUCUUCAAAUGCUGUGGAAAAUACAGUAAUUGAUAAUUUCGGUGGAGAAGAUUUCGACGCAAUAUCUUAUGUGCGGGACCAGUUAAAAGAGAUGAAAACUGGCGAUGAAAUACGGCAGUUGCAAGCAUUUUGUACGAGGCUAAAUGCAAUCAAUGCGCAGUCAUCUGAAUCGGUGAAAAAGAGUGUCUUUUUGAACUAUAAAAAGUUCAUUGAUACCGCUAGAGAAGUUUCACGUUACGUUUCUUCAUAAUUUAAAUACAUUCAUAAUAUUCGAUAUUUUUUGCCUUCUUGGUCCUUGAUCUAUUCCAUUAGCAUUAUUUCUCAAAUACAUAUAAGAUUGUUUAAAAAAG